AUGGCUCACAUGCUGCCGGAGAGCAUCGACCUGGAGAUGCUUGGCAUCCGCCUGCACACAGGUGAUGUUGCUGCUUCUACAGAGAUGAACCUUGCCAACGCCUUCGGGUUCGCGGUGGCUCUGAUUGGGCUGGCUGGCCACCUCAGUUUUACAAAGCUGGGUCACUCCAAGGUCAGCAAGAGUGUCCUGGCCGUGAUGGUCAGUUUGCUCAUGGCGGGUCUCCCAUUCGCAGUACUCGCGGCAGCACCGGUCAGGUCGCGCCUCACGGGCUUUGUCCUGAGCUACCAUGCAGUCUUGGGUUUUUUUCGCUGGGUCGAGUUCGUUUUGGGACGAGGUCCAAAAGGAUCUGCCGCUAGCAGCCUUACUUUUGCGGCAUACCUUUGUUCUCCCGCCGAAAUCUUGUUUGAGGAGGGCAAGAUGAAAAGACUGAGCAGCAGAACCGCAGCGUGCAAAGGACUGGCCAUUCGGGCUGUAUGGCAUUCCUCGCUGUUUUUGGCCAUCAACAGCAUCGGCCGGGCGACUGGCAUGUUGCCUUUCUUGCCAGGGAAGCAGCACCCAUCCAGCCUGCCCUUCUAUGGAUUGCCCAGAUCUCUGCCGGCUCUGUAUUUGCAAACCUGGCUCGUCUACAGCAUGAUGGAACUCUUCAUGCUGGUGUAUCGAAUGCCGGUGGCCCUACUGGGAGUGGAAACUGGCGUUGUGUUCAAGGCGCCUCUUCUGCUGUCAACCUCCCUGAGGGAAUUCUGGGGUCGGCGAUGGAACCUCCUGAUCCACAACCUCCUGAAGCGCAGCUUCUUCGGUCCACUCCGGGGUGGCCCUGCAUGGCAGCAGCAUCUGGGUGGGUUCCUGGCAUUUGUGAUGUCUGGCCUGUUUCACGAGUACAUGUGGCUGGUCCUUGCUGCGAGCACCCGAGACUCGAGAUAUGUCUUCGGAAAGGUUCUCAGCUUCUUCCUCCUUCAGUUUGUGGCCACUGCUGGGCAGGCCAUCCUUUCUAGCGGUGUCUUGGGCCGAGCCGCCAAAGCAGUGCCGGGGCCCGUUCUGACCUUUCUGGUCACCCUUGCGGUUCUCCCGGCCUCCCCGCUUUUCUUGGAGGGUGUCCAUGGCAUGCUCUGCGAGAUCAACGUCAUCAUGCCAGCGGUCGAAAUACAGGAUGGAGGCGUUGGCCUUCGCAGUGCCACCCUUUGCCUCGUCGCCGCCAGCCCGGUGGCAUUCUUGACGAGGACAUUCACGCGGGA